GCAGCUACCACUGGAGUCUCCUGGUCAUCUGCCAUCCAAACAAGAUCCUCCCACCACCACCACCACCAGGAAGCGCAGUUCCAGCAUCAGCAGAAGCAGCAGUGGCACAACCAGAAUCACCUGCCCUGCAACCACCAGCACCACCAGCACUGUCGCCAGCAGCAGCAGCAGCAGCGGCAGCAGCAGUAGGAGCAGCAGUUGUACGGGGGGCAGGAACAGAAGCAGCAGCAGCAGCAACACAUCCGCCCAAAUCAUCAUCAGCAUCCUCCCAUCCUAUACCCCCAUCAACCUCGCCUCUAUCACCAUCCCCAUCCCCUUCAGAAGCCUCCCCUCUGCAAGAGUACAUCUGCUCUCAAAUCCUACCACAUUCCCCCCUCCGUGCCCCUCCCUCUCGUGCGCUCUCCAACCCCCUCAAGCCACCCCUCCACACAACACUCCAGCCCCGCCACUGCCAUCAGCCGUCGGCCAGUCUCCUAUCACUCCGGCCAGCCCAUACCCUCCUCUUUCCAGCCCCUUCCCUCCUCCCCCCACGCUCCUCUCAAACCUCCUCCCGCUCCCCACCUCCCGUCUGCUUCCCCGGUUCCCUCAACCCUAACCAACAACCCUCCUGCAUCCCCCUCUCGCGAGCCCACUACUACACCCCCCCCGUCCAUAGACCCUCCCGCACCCUCCUCUCAUGACCCUGCUGCUCCCACGCCUACCUCUCACAACGUUGCUCCCACGACCCCGCCCAUGAGCCUGCUGCGUGCAUUCUGCACUACGACUCGCUGCCAGGCCUGCACCUGGACGUGGAAGAGGCCGUCCGAAUGUAUCUGCUGGAGGAGUACUUGGUGCGCUAUAAGGUGCCCCCCACCAAGGCCAUACGAAGGGCGUUUGUGUCUCUGCCUGUCAUUCGCCCCAAGGUCCCCAAGCAGCCCAAUCUGAGUGACUGCGGGGUCUUCCUGCUGCUAUAUGCGCAGGAGCUCCUCUCCCACUUGCCGCUCACUGUGUGUCGUGCGCAAGCGUGCGAGCAGUGCAAGCAAGUGCUGUCCUUCCCCUGGCUAAAGCCAGACUCAGCCAAGCCCAUGCGAGCCGCUAUUCGCCGGACGGUGCUGCACCGAGCGGGGCUGGUGGACCUGCUGGAGAGAGAACCCAAGAAAGAGGAUGUGGUGGUUGGGGAGGAGGGACACAGAAAGGACGUGGCACAAGACCAGCAGCAGCAGCAGCAGCAGCAGAAUAUGCGUGUGACUCGUAGCCGCAGCGUGCAAGCAAUCAUGGCAGGUCAGGGAGAAGGGGGCCCUCUGACGCAGGGUAGGGUUGGUGGGAAGAGAGAGCGGUGCGUGCAAGAGAGGAUAGAGGAGGGGAGUGGGGAGGAGAAGGAGGUAGAGGAGGAGGAUGAUGUGAUGGAGAAGGGGCGGGUGGAAGAGGAAAGUAGCGGAGAGGUGGAGGGGGUUGAAACGGAAGAGGAAACGAGGGAUAGGCAACAAGGGCUGGUGGAAGACAGGAGAGGAGGAGAGGCGAAGCUUGCGGUGAGGCAGAAUGAGGACAUGAGUGGAGAGGAGGCGCGAGAGGAGAAAGGGCGGCAGGAGACGGAAAGGGAGCAAGGAAAAAAGGGGAGUUCUGUUGAGUUGACAGGGAUUAGGGUUGAGGGAGAGCAUGAGCUGGUACCUGGAGAGCAUGAGCUGGCACCUGGAGAACAUGAGCUGGCAUCUGGAGAGCAUGAGCUGGCAUCUGGAGAGCAUGAGCUGGCACCUGGAGAGCAUGAGCUGGCAUCUGGAGAGCAUGAGCUGGCACAUUAUGUGUUGAUGAGUAGUUCAGCUGAUGAAUCUGCUCCUGCUCCUCCUGCUCCUCCUGCUCCUCCUGCUCCUCGUGCUGCUGCUGCUGCUGCUGCCCCUCGUGCUGCAGCCGAGGCUGUGGCUGCUGACAAUGUCAAUGAUGGUAACGGAACUGUUGGUAGCAACGUGCGCGGUGGUCUGGCUGGCAAACAUCCUCCUGGCCGUAGGGCACGCGAUGGUCUGGCUGCCGCAUGUGCUGCUCAGGGGUCCGCUACAGCUGCAGAUGCUGCUACAGCCACAGGUGCUGCUACCGCCACAGGUGCUGCUACAGCCAUGGGUUCUUCUACAGCCACAGGUGCUGCUACAGCCACAGCCACAGCCACUGCCACAGCUGUACGUACAUGUUCAGACACCAAUGCAGCAGACACUGCAGCUCUAGAUGCGGUUGCAAGAGCAAAAACCUCGGCUGCUGCUACAGUCAGACUGGCGUGCAGACGAGGGUGGGUAGCAGAAAGGAGGGGAGGAUUGAAGAGGUACGGGGGGUUGUGGAAGGACGAUGGGGCGGACGAUGCAGAUGAGGGGGAGGAUGCGGAGGAGGAAGAGGAGGAGGAGCAUGUGACGCAGGAAGAGGAGGAUAAAGCAGCUGUUGUUUUCAUCAGUGACUCGCGAGGAGAUGAGGCUGAGAAUCGGGAGGAAGCUGAUAGAGAGGAGGAGGAUAGGGAGGAGGGUAGAGCGGAGGACAAAGAGGAGGGAAGGGAAGAAAAUAACGACAGAUGCGAGCGGGGUGAGGGAGGCGUGGGGGGUGCAGCAGCACCUGUUGUUCUUUGCAUCAGUGAAUCGCCUGUGAGGGAUGGGGACGAAGUGGAGGAUAAUGAGAAGGAGGAUAGGGGCGACGUACGGGUAAAAAGACGAGAGGAGGAGGAGGAGGAGGAGGAGGAGGAGGACGAUGGGGAGAAGAAGAAAGAGGGUAGGCAGAAGGCGGCGAAGGAGGGAGGAAUCGAAAGGCAUGAGGCUGGGGAGACCAGCGAAAGCAUUGGGAGAGGAGAAAGCAGCGAUGCGGAGGAGGAGGGCAGGAUAGCAUCGAGGCGCGAGGAGGGGAAACAGAGUGCGGGUGGUGGUGGUGCGGACAUGUGGGGUGACCUGGAUCUGAGCAGCAACCUGGAUUCUGCCACAGGGCUGCUGACGUCACUGCAGAAGAGGGGUGAUGGGCCGGCGGGUGGGUGUGUCAGGAACCCACAGGGGGAGCAGUCUGCUGCGUUACUUGUCACUUCUCGUUCUUCUCACAACACCCGCACUGCUGACACACGGCUGCGGACAGCGCUGCAGAAGAGGGUAGAGGGGCCGGGCAGGGGGGUGAGGAGAGAAGGAAGGUCGGAAGGGGGAGGAGAAGAGGGUGGGAGCAACGGAGUGGAGGAUGAGGCGAUGAGGGAAAGGAGUGAGGAGAAGAAGAAGGAAGAAGGCGAAAAGGAGGAUGAGGAAGACGAUGAAAAGAGGGAGGAGGAAGAAGAUGAGAAGGAGGAGGAGGAGGAGGAGGAGGAGGAGAAUGAGGAUUGCUUUGUGGUGGAACCGAAGGGGAAGGUUGAGGAGGAAACAUGGGCUGAAAAGGAUAUGGAGGGGAGAGAUGGAGGAGGAUUCGAGGGAGGGGGGGGGAAGGUUGGAGAGGAGAAGGAGAAGGUGGAGGCGGAGAUAGCAAGAAAGGAAGUGGAGGGGGACGAAGGGCAGAACGGGGCUACGAAGCCUGCGGACGGGGAGAGUGGAGUGUUGAGGCGCCUCAAAAAUAGACUCCUCACGCCUGCAGACGGGGAAGGUGGAGUGGGUGGGAAUAGAGCGAGAGGCGUGGGUGCGAGGGGGUUGAGAGGUGAGGGGCGGGUGAGAGGUGAGAGGCGGGUGUGCAGCUUGGAAGGGCAGCUUGGGAUUAGAGUGGAAGGAGUGGGUGCAGGGAGGGGGGGGAGUGGUGUGGACGCAGGGGAGGAAGGGGAGGAAGGGGAGGAAGGGGGUGGCUUGAGAGUGGGGGAGGAAUCAGAAGAAGAGGAAGGAGAAGUGAAGGACGGGGAGGAGGUUGAGGAGGACGAGGAAGUAGAGGGAGAGGAAGAUGAGGAGAGAGGGGAACGGGCCGGAGGGGGGAAGGGGGAGAAGGAAGGUGAAGCAGAGGAGGAGGAGGGAAGUGCGGGAAAGGAUGAGGUGAAGGCAGGGGAAGAAGGUGGGGAAAGAGGGAGCUUGGUCGGCGAGAUGGAUGAGGGAGAGAAGGGACCGCUUGAGAAGGGAGGAGGGAAAGGUGAGGCCCGGGAGGAGGGGAAAAUGGAGCUUGGUAAAGCGUUGGAGUGUGUGGAUCUGAGUGGGCUUGAGAAUGAUGAGGAGGGGGAGGAAGAAGAGGAGGAGGAAGAGGAGGAAGAGGAGGAGGAAGAGGAGGAGGAAGAGGAGGAGGAAUUGGUAGGUGAAGUGGAGGAGGGGAAGAAGGGAGGGAAGGGAGAGAAGGGAGGAGGAAGCAAAGGGAUGUUGGAGGGUGACCCAGAGACAGAGUGCCUGGAUUUGAGUCGGCCUAAAAAUGCUUCCUAUGUUAAAACCGUGAGUAAUGAGAUGACUUUUGAGGCGCCUCAAAAGGCGUUGGAGCAUGGCAAGGAGACGGAGUGUGUGGAUCUGAGUGGUUCUGAAGAUGAAGAGGAAGAGGGGGAGAAAGUGGAGGCGCAAGAGGAGAAGGAUGAGAGUCGGGAGAAGGAAAGGGAAGCGGGUGGUCGAAGUGGAGGGAAAUUUGGCAGAAGAGAACUUGAUAUUGUGUCCGGUCGAUACUUGCCAGCUCAGCAUUUGCCAGGUCACCAUGUGCCAGCUCAUCACGGGCAAGAGAGCACUCUGCUGCAACCACGUGUACAUAGACCAGGGAGGGAGGAAGAGGCAGCAGAGAAGUUGAAAGGUGUGGGAGGUAGAGGGAGAAGGCAUGCUGAGGAGGCAGGUGUUAAGAGGCGAAGAGAGUUGGGCGGGCGACAUUUCACCGACAGGCAGGGAAUGGAGGGGUGGCACACGGAGGAGCAGGAUGAGGCAGGAAGUCAAGGAGGGGAAGGGAGGGAUGGCGCAGCGCCGCUUGGUGGUGACGAGGCGAGGGUGAAAAGGCGAGGCAUGCGAUAUUUCACAGCGAGGCAGGGCACAGAGAGGUGGCUCACAGCAGAGCAGGAUGACAGGGAACAGAAGGAUGGGGAAAAGAGGGAGGGUGCACCACGGCAUGAUGCAGCAGACGAGGCGAGACCCGAAAAACGGAAGUGCAAUGAUGAUGAUGCCGAUGAUGCUGAUGAUGAUGCUGAUGAUGAGCACGGGCGGUCGCUGGGAGCUAAGGAUGUGCAGGGAGCAGAGGAGGGGCAGGGAGCAGAGGACGUGCAGGAGGUGCGCGUGCGUCUAGAUGUGCCGCAGGUCGGAGGCUCGCACCAUACGUUGGGCCCAACUCAAGGGGAACAGGAGGGACAGGGGGGGCAGGGGGGACAGGGGGAGCAAGGAUCAGAGGCAGCGACUGAGGUGCGUGUGAGUCCGGAUGUGGUGGAGGUUGAAGGGACGCAUCGUAUCACCCUCAGCAGCGGCAGUGAGGGGAGCGGAGAGAGAGCAGGGAAAGCGGUGGGGGAAGAGAGCGAGGGGAGUGAGGGGAGUGAGGGGCAAGUGAAGAGCCAGGAGAGCAGAGGAGAGGAUGCCAGCAGUGGCUCUGACUCUGAGUUGGAGAGGGAGGAGAGGAGAGAGGUGGGGGAAAGGAGAGGUAGGGAGGGAGGAGAUAAGGCGAGUCCAAAAGAGAGGUGGAGAGGCGAGAAGAGAAGGGAGGGGCAAGAAGAGGCAGCUGAACGUGCAUUGAGACAGAGGAAGAAGCAACAGCGGAGGAGGGAGCAGCAAUGGAAGGAGCAGCAGCAGUUAGGCAGAUCCUUGAGGGAGAAGCAACGCUGGGACAGGGAGCGCAAGGGGAAGCACGUCCUUUCAGGGUCGCCCCGAUUCCACUCCCCUUCGCUUGUGUCAUUUGGCAUGCAGUCACUCUCGCUUCAAUCACCCUCACCUGCCCAUCCGUCACUCCCUAUACAGUCACAUGUGCAGCGCUGGCUACAGUCACCUCCAGGGCACCGGCCACAGUCACCCCCUGCCCCCACCCGCCCCUCCCCUGCCCCAUGGGAGACCUGCCAAACUCACUUCUCUCCUGCUACAUCCGAACCCCGCCGCUCUCACCCCCGUCCUCCCUCCCACUCCUCUCAUCCCCCUCACUCUUCUGCUGCAUCCCAGCCACGCCGUGCCCACCCCUCUCACCUCCCUCACCCCUCUCACCUCCCUCACCCCUCUCACCCCCCUCACUCCUCUGCUGCUGCAUCCGAGCCACGCCAUGCCCACCCCUCUCACCUCCCUCACCCCUCUGCUGCUGCAUCAGAGCCGCGGCGCUCGUCUCGGGUGUGCGAGAGGGAUGAGCAGAAGCAGCGGCAGCUGGCAGAGAUACGGCGAGAGAUGAGCAAGGGUGUGAAGAAACGGCUGCAUGACUUGCUGGAUGUUGAGUGACCGCUGUGAGUUGCAGACACAGCUGCGAGAAUAUGGGAUUGAUAUGGAUGACAGGUGGCCAGGGCAUGGACUGGCUCUCUCAGCAGCAGCAGCAGCAGCAGCAGCAGCAGCAGCAGCAGCAGCAGCAGCAACAGCGGCAGCAGCAGCAGCGGCGGCGGCAGCGUCUGUAGUGGAGGGGAUCUAGGAGACGGCUGUGCAUGCAAGGAGCGGUCGGAGGAACGAGUGGGAGGAAGAACAGUGCGGGGAGAAGGCGAGAGAUGGGCAAGGAGGAUGUGAGGAAACGGCUGGAUGGCUGGCCAGCUGGAGUGAUUGUGGCGUGAGACAUCUGAUCUGAACUGAGCUCAAGACUGUAGGAGCAGCUUGCCUAUUUUCCCCUUAGUGAAUAAACUACUGCAUGGGUUGGGCCGGGUCAAAUUGCCUGGUAGUACUGGUACUAGCUCCAAACUUUGAGACAAAUGGUGCAUUAGCAAUAGAGCAUGCAGAACAUUCCAAUAGCCU